UUGUUCGAUGGGCCUUGUGGAGGGAUGCUAAAUCCAUCUCCAACACAAACCAACCCUAAAUCAUCAUCACACUUGUUUUGUUCUGUUCGUCAUCCUCUCUCGAAUUCGUAAUACGCUAUGGACGCUCAAAGAGCUCUGCUGGACGAACUUAUGGGUGCUGCUCGUAAUCUGACGGACGAAGAGAGAAGAGGGUUCAAGGAGAUUAAGUGGGAUGAUAGAGAGGUCUGUGCAUUCUACAUGGUUCGAUUUUGUCCUCAUGACCUCUUCGUCAACACCAAAAGUGAUCUUGGAGCAUGCUCGAGAAUUCAUGAUCCAAAGUUAAAAGAGAGCUUCGAGAACUCUCCGAGACAUGAUUCCUAUGUUCCAAAAUUCGAUGCUGAGCUUGUUCAGUUUUGCGAGAAGUUGGUGAACGAUCUUGAUAGGAAGGUAAGGCGUGGACGGGAACGUCUUGCACAAGAGGUUGAACCUCCUCCACCGCCUACUCUAUCCUCAGAAAAAUCUGAACAGUUAUCUGUUUUGGAGGAGAAGAUUAAGAACCUUCUGGAACAAGUGGAAGCACUUGGCGAGGAAGGCAAAGUUGAUGAAGCUGAAGCGCUAAUGAGAAAGGUGGAAGCGCUUAAUACUGAGAAGGCAAUGCUGUUACAACGUCCAAAUGAGAAGGCACUAGCGAUGGUACAUGAGAAGAAGAUGGCACUGUGCGAGGUUUGUGGUUCAUUCCUUGUGUCUAGUGAUGCUGUAGAUAGGGCUCAGUCUCAUGUCACUGGGAAGCAACAUGUUGGCUAUGGCAUGGUCCGAGAUUUUCUUGCUGAACAAAAAGCUGCUAAAGAUAAAGGGAAGGAAGAGGAAAGGCUAGUCAGAGGAAAAGAAACGGAUGAUAAAAGGAAACCGAGGGAAAGCGAGAGUAGGAGGAGCGGUUCUAGGGAAAGAGAAAGACACCGUGAUCGCGGUAGAGAUCAUAGAAAGCCGUAUGACAGGAGAUCCAGGAGUGGGAGAGAGGGUCGUGAACGAAGCAGGUCACGUUCUCCUCAUGGAAGGUCUGGUGGUCACAGAAGGGUGUCGAGAAGUCCCGUUCGCCAGUACUAGUUUGAGAUAAUCUGUCUGUCUUUGGCGGCCUGGAGCUUUGCAAGGUAGAAUUGUGAGAUCCCCCUUAGUUUUAUUACCAUGUGUGUUUCUUUUGGAACCUGUUAAAAUUAUUACAGAUGAAAGAAUUGUCUUUCUACCAAGUCCACACACAGCUUUUCUAAGAGUUUGAGACCUUCUGCAUCGGUUAUUUGUUAAGAGGUCAAAAGCGUUUUGAGGUAGGUAUAACUUUUACAGAUUUAAUUGUAUUCCUCGAUGGUUUGAUAUGCCUUUGUGAUAUAAAAAGGCUACAGAAUUCGGGAAGAUCGGGCUCGAUUGAAUUGAGGUAACAGAUAUAUGAAGCAGAAGUCAUCAUUUGCUAGAGUUUGGGUUCAGUGUUUGAAGUUUGUUUAUUUUCUCUGUCUGCACUUUGAGUGUCUUUAACUGUUCGUUUCUUGGAAUCUUUGGUUGCAUCCUAAGCGAAGAUUUUACAUUUGAGUAAUAUUUACUUUAAUAAAAAAAUUAUGAUUUUAUGUCGGAA